AUUUCGAGCACAAAAAUGUCUGUUCCUUCUCCCAAUCCCGGUCUCAGCUUGCACAGCAAGCGCUGGAAUGGUCUGCGGCACAUAUUGGAGCGCGAGGGACCAUUCUGCAAGGAUGACUUCACAGCCUCUCCUGACAACUUGGAUUUCUUGCAAACGAAAUCAAAAGUCCUAAUCAUCGGUGCCGGUGGUCUGGGCUGUGAGCUGUUGAAGGACUUGGCUCUGAUGGGCUUCGGUAAUUUGCAUGUGAUUGACAUGGACACCAUUGAACUGUCUAAUCUGAACAGACAGUUUCUGUUCCGACGAACGGACAUUGGAUCCUCGAAGGCGGAAUGCGCUGCGCGUUUUAUCAACGGAAGAGUUCCCACCUGCCGGGUCACGCCGCAUUUCAAGAAAAUUCAGGACUUUGACGAUUCCUUCUAUCAGCAGUUUCACCUGAUUGUUUGUGGACUAGACUCAAUUGUGGCCAGGAGAUGGAUCAAUGGCAUGCUGCUAUCGAUGCUGCGCUACGAGGAUGACGGCACCAUAGAUGUCAGCUCAAUUGUGCCCAUGAUUGAUGGUGGUACCGAGGGCUUCAAGGGAAAUGCUCGUGUUAUAUUGCCAGGCUUCACAGCCUGCAUCGAGUGCACUCUCGACUUGUUUCCACCACAAGUGAAUUAUCCCCUGUGUACCAUAGCAAAUACUCCCCGACUGCCGGAGCAUUGCGUUGAGUACGUAAAGCUGAUACAGUGGGAUAAGGAGAAUCCCUUCAAUGUCCCCCUGGACGGAGACGAUCCCCAGCACAUUGGCUGGAUUUACGAAAGAGCGGUGGAGAGGGCCAACGAAUUCAACAUAGCUGGAAUCACUUAUCGCCUCGUCCAAGGCGUCAUUAAGCACAUAAUUCCUGCAGUAGCCAGCACCAAUGCUGUCAUUGCUGCUGCCUGUGCUAUGGAGGUUUUCAAAUUGGCCACCAGUUGCUACGACAGCAUGUCGAACUACCUGAAUUUCAACGAUCUGGAUGGCAUUUACACGUAUACCUAUGAGCCAGAAAAGUCUGAGAGCUGUCUGGCUUGUAGUAACAAGCCACAACUGCUGCCCAUCGAGGAUCCCAAUACCACCACACUGGAUGACGUGAUCAAGUCACUCUGCGACUCGCCUCGUUUCCAGCUCAAGAGCCCCGCUCUGACCACUGUGAUGAAGGAUGGCAAGCAGCGGACCCUCUACAUGUCCACAGUAAAGAGUAUUGAGGAGGCCACCAGGAAAAACCUUACACAAUCCCUGGGCGAAUUGGGACUGCAGGAUGGACAGCAGCUGACGGUCACCGAUCCCACUUCCCCUUCGGCCAUGACCCUACAGCUCAAAUAUCAAGCAAACGAGGUGGAGAUGAACUGAAUCAUAUUCAAUCACAAGAUACAACAAAUUUGUUCCGCAUAUAUACCACAUAAUGUGUAUACAAUAAAGCCAAAGGCUAAGAGCCUCAAUUAAUCUAA